GAAAAAAAUAUUAAUAUGGAUACUUCAAUAGCAGCAUACAAUCAUGCUGAAACAAUUCAAAAGUUGGAACGAUUAAAUCAAUUGGAAACAGUAACAGCAGAACAACGUAUUCGAAUUGAGAAAUACCGAACUAUGUAUGAAACAUUAAAAGCAGAAAGCGAACAGCUACAAGAUGAUAAACAAAAACAAGAGAGUGACAUGCUUUUGAUGAGGGAAGAAAUGAAGGCUCUGCAUAACAGAUGUCAAGAACUUGUUGGGCAAGCUCGUGGAGAACGUGAUGCAAAAAUCGAUGAAUGCGAGGAGCUUCGAAUGAAAGUUUUAACUCCACAGCAGAUUGAAGUUAUGAAAAUUAAAAUGCAAGAAGAAGUAGAUACACCCUACAAACAGAAAAUAGAAGCUCUAGAAACAGAAGUGGAUAAAUACCGGAAUGAGUUUAACCGAUUACGAUAUGAUUAUUCAUUUUUAAAAUCUGAAUAUGAACAUGAAUUGGCACAAAAGAAUACAAUGAUGGAUGAAAUCCACGGAAAGUUUGAACUGGAAAAAGAAACCUUAAAUAAACAAAUUAAAUCAUUAAAUGAGAAAAACAACCAAGAUUCUGGAGAUGUAUAUAAAGUGAGGAUGCUGCAAAAGGAGAACACACAGUUGAAUUUAAGAGUAAAAAGUCUGCUAACUGAACUUGAAGAAUUAAGAGAUCAGAAAGAGACAGCAAAUCUGCAAACAGAUCAGGCUUCGCGAUUGCAGGCUAGACAAUUAUCUGAACUGACAAUACAGUGCAAGUCCCUAGAAGCAGAAAAAGAGACAUUAAAAUUACAAUUAGACAGAAUACAGAAAGAAAUCAACAAUUCAAUCAAAGAACAGGAUACUUUAAGUACAGAUCUCCAUCGAUUGGAAAAAGAAAAUCUGCAGCUAAAAAGUCAAAUUGAAGAAAUCUCACAUAAUAACAAAAUGGAACUAAAUAAUACAAAACUGACUUUAAUGAAAGAUCGUGGCGAACUUGAACAAGAAAGAGAUAAUUUGCGCAUGGAGUUAAACAUGUUGAAAAAUAAAUUUGCAAUUCAAGAAGCCAGUUUGCAGCAAUUAAAGAAGUCAUUAGAAGAGAAGGAAGCAGAAGCAAUAAAACGUGUACAGACUGUCAAAGAAGAGGAAUGGGGACGAGUUAAUAAAUUAGAGACUGUAAAAUCACAGUUGGAAUCUCAGGUCUCCUCUCUUGAGCAGCAGAAAUUGGAUACAGAAGCUGUAUAUCAAUCCAGAUUAGAUCAAUUGACCAAUAGGUUGAAAACUGAACGUGAUAACAAAGAAAGAAGUGAUCGUGAAAUAUCCAAUUUAAAAGAAGCAUUAAAUGAAGAAAAAUAUAAUGUAAAAUCUUUACAACAGGAAAUUGCAAAUUUAAUGGAAAUGAAACACAAAUACCAAAAACUAUCCCAUGAUUACGAAAAUGUUUUGGCAUCUGAACAAGGAAUGAGGAACGAUGUUGACAAGAUGGCGAAUACUAUCGACUUACUAAAAAAAGAAUUAGAAAUGAAUCAAGAAGAUAUACAAAAGCAGAGAGAGGUCCAUCAAAAACAUAUUUUGGAAACGAGAAAAAAACUGGAUGAGGAAAAGGGCAGGGAACAGAAGAAGUAUAUGGAUUUACAAAAAGAACAUAAAGAACUCAAGAAAAAACACGAUAAACUCUCUCAUGAUGCAAAAAAGAAAAACAAAAAGUUAAAAACAGAGAUUAAUCUUCUUACUGACGAAAUACAAACCAUGAAAACCAAAGAAGAUAAACAUAAUAUGGAGAAACAAAUGUUAAUGAAAAAUCUAAACUUUGAACAAGAAAGGAUGAAGAGAAGAUUCGAUAAGUUUCGACGCCGCCAACAUCAAUUUUCACAAGUACUAAAUUCAUCGACCUUCAGUGGUUUUCCAGUCUUCACUUCUCCUGUUAAACAAAGUUCGCCGUUAUUUCCUGAUAAUCUUGCUUCCACGAUGCCGCCAAAUGCCGACGUCGGGCCGUUGGGUGACGCUUAUUGUGUAUCUUUAGGUGGAGACGAUAAUUAUGCCAUUUAAAAAUUUUUCCUCGGGUUACUAGGAAACCAUUUUUUAAGGAUAUUCUAAUUCGUUUCUUAACAGCGAUUUAAGCAUUAUUGUUUUGGUUGUAACUUUAGUUUUUAACCGCAAGACUUCUGUUUUGAUCCAGUGUUUAAAACUCAAGUACUUGUUAAAAUUGUUAGUAAGUGAUAAUAUGAAAUUCUUAACUUUUCAUUAAACCCUGGAUAUAUUUGUGGAAAGGGUUAAACAGCGCAACAAAUACUCUGUAGCCAGAGUAUUUGUUGAGUAUGGGUGCACGCCUAGUAAAUAAUGCUGAAAAUUCGCGAGUUGCAUGAUGAAGCAGUUUAAA